AUGCAAGAUAAAGAGACUGCGACUUUGAAUAAUUUACUAUUCUAUCUUAUCUUCUUGUUUUACUGGAUCUCCUUUUUUCUCCUUUUAGCCGACGCAAUAUCGUGUUACUCAUGCAACUCGGUGAAUGGCAGCAACCAGCCAUGCGAGGACCCUAUGGACGGCUCGGUGGGCGUGGAGAAGCCCUGCAUGCAGGGGAUCUCGGACCAUAAAGGUCUUUUCUUCGCGCGAUUCUGCUUGAAAAUCAAAGGCCGGCGGCAAUCCGAUGGUCAGUUGUUGGUGAUGCGACGAUGCUCCAUGGAGAAAUUGGCCGACAUCAUGACACACUGCGGCGAGUUCAAGUUGAACGAGGAUCUCUACUCGGGCUGCAUAGCCACUUGCAACAAGGACUGGUGCAAUGCCGCACCUCCGACCUCUUCACCGACGGCCCGAGGAAUGGUACCAUUGGCUCUGGCCUCGCUGGCCUUCCACUUUGUUGCUUAG